AUGUCUCUUGAACAGACUGCGGCAGGACCAAGCGGAGCUUUAGCCGGCAAGAAACCGGCGCCAACGGCAUCGGCCGAAGGCGCCGCCGCCAGUGGGCUGCGCAAUCGACGCCCUGUGGCCGCCGCCCGUGCGGGGCAGAACACGGGACGGGGCAUGGGCGGCAGCACGGCCGGUAUCCUGCGCUUCUACACGGACGACUCGCCGGGGCUGAAGAUCGGCCCGACGACGGUGUUGGUCAGCUGUCUCAUGUUUGUGGGGUUCGUCGUGCUGCUGCACGUGUGGGGCAAGUUCCGUGGCUAG